AAUAGCUUUAACAGGUGAUUUAUUUUGAAGAACAGAAAAGACAAAAGUUUGCAAAUAUUCCUUUCACAGAAGCAUUGAAAUCCCUAGGUUAGCAUUUUAAUGGCUUAAAACCCACUGGACCAUAAUUUUGUUUUGUUAAAUUUGCAGCGGUCCACUGGCGAAUCUGAUUUAUUGCAAUUAUCAAAGACACUAUAAAGAGCUGACUGUGGUGCCAUGAUAUUUCUAGGGCAAUUAAUUGGCGCUUGAUCUACUUUUAAACCCUGUGAAAGAGCUCUGCUGUAGUUACCACCCUCCUGCUCUUUGAUCGGAUCACACGUCUGGCCGCUUUAUUGUUGUACAGCAGCAGCUCUCUAGCGCCGCUGUUAGAGCAAGCUGGUAAUUACCGCGAGUUGCGCUCCACAAGGACCGUGAAUCACGAAGGAGACACGGAAGGGGUGGGGGCGACUCCUUUCCAAGCUCCCAGCCCGGCCCACCGAGUGAUAAACAGCGUUGAACAGAUUUUAACCGCAUCUGGAGAAGUGCAAAAGAACAAAAACACGACCUAUCACCGCCCAAGUGCCAGUGACUUCUUUGCUCAGAAAUAAAUAGCUGAGACGUGUAUGUUAUGUAUUUACUGCAGAAGUGCUCCAUUUAGCUGGUGAAGUUUUGUAACAAGUCUAAUAAUCAAUAAUGAGCAUUACGUGUUAAUUGCAGGUGGAUUAAACUGGAGGGACGGACUGGCUUAAAAGUAAAACGGUUCAGAACUUUGCCUCUCAGUUCGCCGGGAACAGAAGAGAAAGAUGUGCUGUGAUCUGUCACCAAAAAUAUCCAUUAAGACGAAAAUGGUCAAAAUUAGGAGUCCACGAGAAACAGCGUGUGACCCACAUUCUACAACACACAAGCCGGACUGUAUAUAUUCAUCCCGAUUCAAACUAAUACUCAUUUUUCGUGUCAGCCAGUCCCAGCACGACGUGUUGUGAAGCCGGCUCCAGGUCUGUGUCUGAGGGCUCCGCCGGGCCGGCCCAGGCUGCUAUUUGUUGCCCUUCCUAUGAUAACAGACUGCUGGCCAACGCCAGGACCGAGAUUAACGCAGCUGCCGCGGCGCUGGGCAUGUACAGCAGCUCUCCCUAUGCAAGUGCAGCCAGCCAAGGCUAUGGGAACUACCUUACAUACAGCACAGAUCCUCCUGCUCUGUACUCCUCACUGAAUUCGCAAUACGAAAUUAAAGAUGGCACUGGAAGUUUACACUCAGGAAUUGCUCCGCCAACUGCCUACUACCCGUACGAUCACUCCUUGGGGCAAUACCAGUAUGACAGAUGCGGCACCAUGGACUUCAACAGCAGUACCCGACGUAAAAAUGCGACCCGAGAAACCACAAGCACUCUGAAGACCUGGCUGUUCGAGCACAGGAAGAACCCUUACCCCACCAAGGGUGAGAAGAUCAUGCUGGCUAUCAUCACCAAAAUGACUCUGACUCAAGUGUCCACCUGGUUUGCAAACGCAAGGAGGAGAUUGAAGAAAGAGAAUAAAAUGACCUGGUCACCCAGAAACAAAGGAGGGGAUGAGAAGAAAGAGGAGGGCGAGAAGAAGGACGGGGAGGAAUAUGGCGCGGAUAGUACGCGUAAAGAUGAGAAAGAAUACAGAGAUGACAAAGAGUUGAGGCUGAGUGAUCUGGACGAUUUGGAAGAUGAUGAGUCGGGGAAGCUUGAAAGCGACCAAGAAAAGGCAUCAAGUGAGAUCACCCCAAGGCGAAGUCUGGUGGAGGCUGAGGAAAGUAACUGCAAUGUGUCGCCUCAAAGCAGUCAGCACACCUUCUCCUGCCCGACAAACAACUCCACCCUUAGGCCAGACUUUCUCGAAACGAGAACGAAUAAGCCAUCUGUUUCAGUAGCGAGCAACAAUCUCCCGCAGCGCUUUGGGGCAGCAGAGAAGCCGAGGAUUUGGUCUCUGGCGCACACGGCAGCCUCCAGUACUCUGACGGGCUGUCAGAGUGGCCAGUCCCGGACAGUGAGGUACUGCGCCGAGGUGAGGCCGUCCCAAGGCACGGUGAACCAAGUAGAUGAUAUCAUUUCUCUCCGAGACUCUUCACAGGCAGCCCGCAUUCUGAGAACUUCUGCGUUCAAUUUGCAAACGCUUGUAGCCACUGGUCAGCUGCACUGUGCUUCUUAUCCUGCACUAGACAACUGCCAGUAUACAUCAGGGACUGAAGGAUUUUUGAGAAACGUGAAACCUGAUAUGGGAGCGGCAGAUAUCGCCGAAACGUGUCUACUUCACCAAGAAGAGAAAGUGAGGACAGCCUUCAGACCUGUGCUGAAGAGGUUUGUUUAAGACAAUACGACGUAAACCAAGGGGAUGCUGCACAACUCCUCUAUUUUCUGCACUAGUGAUUUGACAAUACACUGGAGAUGUAUCCGUUUCUUCCCGAGCACUGGCAUUGACUUUAAAACGGAUGCGCUUUCGACUUCACCAGCGGUCAACGAUGCUUUUCAAAAAUCAGAAACGCCGCUUCCAAUCGUUUUCCCUUGCACGAACUUAUUUGUCCUCACUUGGGAGACAAGAAAUGUACAAGAAUCAGGGGAGGCCGUUGGGCUGUUAUACGAAAUAUACCUUAUAAUAAAUAUUAAAGCACUCCACAUCCUGCCACACAUUGCUCCCCACGCCCCCAUUUUAUACAGUUUUAAUUGGAGUGCGGUCUGGUUGCAGUUUACUCUUUGAUUCAAAACUAUUUUGCGUUUUACACAGAUCCUUCUACUUGUUUACAUUGCAGUUCUCUCCACCCCACCCCACACCCCCACCCGUUCGCUUUAUUUUGUUCGUGCUGUGAAAUGUGAAUAAAUUACACUUGUCAAACCCAUGUAACGUGAUGAUUGUGAAAACUGCAGACUCACGGUGACCUAUUUAAAACGAAGGUAUGUUUUAUGCAAUUAAAUCAAUCAUAUAAAUCGCUGAAGCGCUACAUAGAUAUUUUGUUCUUGUAAGAGAUGUUUUCAGAGUUCAAAAUUAAAAAGUUCCAUUUGAAAAAAAAA